GCCGCCAUGUCUUCUCCGGCUCUUAGCCGGAACCGGAAAUACCUUUUGGGAAGUUAGAGGCGGAAAACUAGGGCGGGGCGGGAUAAAGAAAGCUGCCGUUUCUAGGCAACUGAAGACUCUAGGUCCUUUGUGGGGCCUGAUAGCCAAGAGACAGAUGUGCCCUAGAAAGUGCGAAUGGGCGGUUCGUGUCUGUCACACAUCUCUGAGAGUUUUAAAGUCCUUUAAACUUCUGACCAGCUGUCAGGCCUCGCAGAUGUGUGGAACUGCCCCUGGAGCUCCAGUUCGUCGCCACCGUCUUCCUUCUGCCUUCUGAGAGACCCUGAAACCCUUGCCAUGGAAAAGUACCACGUUUUGGAGAUGAUUGGAGAAGGCUCUUUUGGCAGAGUGUAUAAGGGCCGGAAAAAAUACAGUGCUCAGGUGGUGGCCUUGAAGUUCAUCCCCAAACUGGGGCGCUCAGAGAAAGAGCUGAGGAAUCUGCAGCGAGAGAUUGAAAUUAUGCGAGGUCUGUGGCACCCCAACAUUGUGCAUAUGCUCGACAGCUUUGAGACUGACAAAGAGGUGGUGGUGGUGACAGACUAUGCAGAGGGAGAGCUCUUUCAGAUUCUGGAAGAUGAUGGAAAACUUCCUGAAGACCAGGUUCAGGCCAUCGCUGCCCAGUUGGUGUCUGCCCUGUACUAUCUGCAUUCCCACCGCAUCCUACACCGGGACAUGAAACCUCAGAACAUUCUUCUUGCCAAGGGUGGUGGCAUCAAGCUUUGUGACUUUGGGUUUGCCCGAGCCAUGAGCACUAACACCAUGGUGCUGACGUCCAUCAAAGGCACACCACUCUAUAUGUCUCCAGAGCUGGUGGAGGAGCGACCCUACGACCACACGGCAGACCUCUGGUCUGUAGGCUGCAUCCUGUAUGAGCUGGCUGUAGGCACGCCUCCCUUCUACACCACCAGCAUCUUUCAGCUGGUUAACCUCAUUCUCAAGGACCCUGUGCGCUGGCCCUCUGCCAUCAGUUCCUGCUUCAAGAACUUCCUGCAAGGGCUGCUCACCAAAGACCCCCGGCAGCGUCUGUCGUGGCCAGACCUCUUACAUCACCCCUUUAUUGCUGGCCGUGUCACCAUAAUAACUGAACCAGCAGGUGCAGAUUUGGGCACUCCGUUUACUAGUCGUCUGCCUCCAGAACUUCAGGUCCUAAAGGACGAACAGGCCCAUCGACUGGCACCCAAGUGUAGCCAGUCUCGCAUCCUGCACCAGGCCUGUAAGCGCACAACUGAAGAAACCAAGCAGAAGAAAGAACAGGAUACAGGACCUGCCGUUGAACAAGAGGAUAGGCCCAGCAAGGUGACAGCGAGCAUAGCCCCUGUGCCUGGACUAAAGGCUCCUCCUCAGGAACCAAGCCUCUUGGCUAGUAUAUUGGACUCAGAAAUGAAGAGCAACUGGGAAGACUGGGGGGCUGGAGAAGCACCCCCUACGCCUCGGCGAGAAAGGGAAAAGCACAUCACCUUGGAGUGUGAGCAAGCGUUCCCAGAGCUGAGGCCAGAGACGAUGGGCCAGCAGAGCACUGAUGUAAUGGAUCUAGAAAAUGAGGAGCCAGACAGCGACGACGAGUGGCAGUGCUUACUAGAGACCACUGAGCUCGUGCCUGUCCAGCUCAAGUCCCCCCUCACUCUGCUGUGUAAUCCUGACUUCUGCCAGCGCAUCCAGAGUCAGCUGCGUGGGACUGGCGAGCAGAUCCUGAAAGGCAUCCUAAAGGGUGCUUCCCAACUGCUUCCUGCACUCCGUGUCCUGAGCAGUCUCCUGUCCAGCUGCAGCGACUCUGUGCUUUUGUACUCCUUCUGCCAGGAGGCAGGACUUCCUGGGCUGCCCCUUAGCCUCCUCCAGCACAGCCAGCAGAGCAGCAGUAUCCAGCAGCAACCUUGGUAUGGGGCCUUCUUACGGGACCUGGUGGCUGUGGUUCAGGCCUACUUUUCAUGCGCCUUCAAUCUGGAGCGGAGCCAGACAGGUGACAGCCUGCAGGUGUUUCAGGAGGCUGCCAGUCUCUUUUUGGACAUGUUGGGGAAGCUGCUGGCCCAAUCAGAUGACUCCGAGCAGGCAUUUCGAAGGGACAGCCUUAUGUGCUUUGCUGUCCUGUGUGAAGCUGUGGACGGGAACAGCCGGGCCAUCUCCAAUGCCUUUUACUCCAGUCUGUUGACCACACAGCGCACUGUAUUGGAUGGGCUCCUUCAUGGGCUAACAGUUCCACAGCUUCCUUUCCACAUACCGCCAGGAGCCCCACAAGUGAGCCAGCCACUGCGGGAGCAGUGUGAAGAUAUACCCGGAGCCAUCUCUUCCGCCCUGGCGGCCAUGUGUACCGCUCCUGUGGGGCUGCCAAGCUGUUGGGAUGCCAAGGAGCAGGUCUCAUGGCAUUUGGCCAAUCAGCUGACUGAAGACAGCAGCCAACUGAGGCCAGCCCUUGUCUCUGGUCUGCGGCAUCAUAUCCUAUGCCUCCACCUUCUCAAGGUUCUCUACUCCUGCUGCUACAUCAGUGAGCGUCUGUGCCGUAUUCUGGGGCAAGAGCCCCUGGCCUUGGAGUCGCUGUUGAUGCUGGUCCAGGGCAAGGUACAAGUAGCAGAUUGGGAAGAGUCCACUGAGGUGGCACUCUAUCUCCUGUCCCUUCUUGUCUUCCGGCUCCAAGAUCUGCCUUCUGGGAUGGAGAAGCUAGGCAGUGAGGUCGCCGCUCUCUUUACCCGCUCACACGUCGUCUCUCUCGUGAAUGCAGCAGCCUGUCUUUUAGGACAGCUUGGUCAGCAGGGCGUGACCUUUGACCUCCAGCCCCAGGAAUGGAUGGCAGCAGCUGCACACGCCUUGUCUGCCCCUGCAGAGGUCCGGCUGACUCCACCGUGCAGCUGUGGCUUCUACGAUGGCCUCCUCAUUCUUCUGCUUCAGCUCCUUACCCAGGGGAAGCCUGGCCUGAUCAGGGAUGUGGCUGCUUCCGAGGUGUGGACCAUUCUGUGGCACCGCUUUUCCAUGGCCCUGCGGCUACCUGAGGAGGUGACUGCACAGGAAGACGACCUGUCACUGUCAAGUCCACCCAGCCUGGAGCCCGACUGGACACUGAUUUCACCCCAAGGCACAGCCGCCUUGCUGAGCCUUGCCAUGGCCAUCUUCACCCAGGAGCCCCAGUUAUGCCUGAGCCACCUGUCCCAGCAUGGAAGUAUCCUCAUGGUGACCCUGAAGCACCUGCUUUCUCCCAGCUUCUUGCAUCACCUGAGUCAAGCGCCUCAGGGACCCAAGUUUCUCCCUGUUGUGGUACUCUCCGUGUGCCAGCUGCUCUGCUUCCCUUUUGCCCUGGAUGUGGAUGCUGACCUCCUUGUAAGCAUCUUGGCUGACUUCAGGGACUCAGAAGUUGCCGUCUACCUGCUUCAGGUCUGCUGCCACCACCUUCCAUUGUUACAAGCCGAACUACCCAUUGGUCUCCUUACACGCCUGGCCCUCAUGGAUCCCACGUCUCUCAAGCAGUUUGUGGACACAGUGACUACCUCCCCCAGAACCAUCGUCUCAUUCCUCUCUGUUGUCCUGCUGAGUGACCAGCCUCCUAUGAUCUCCGACCUUCUGUCCCUGCUGACCCACACAGCCCGGGUGCUGUCCCCCAGCCACUUGUCCUUCAUCCAAGAGCUCCUGUCUGGCUCUGACGAAUCCUAUCGGCCAUUGCGGAGCCUCCUGGGCCACUCAGAGAACACUGUGCGGGUCCGUGCUUAUGGGCUUCUGGGACACUUACUACAACACAGCAUGGCCCUACGUGGGGCACUGCAGAGCCAGGCUGGCCUGCUCACCCUUCUGCUGCUAGGGCUGGGAGACAAGGACCCUGCUGUGCGGCGCAGUGCCAGCUUUGCUGUGGGCAAUGCAGCCUACCAGGCUGGUCCCUUGGGACCUGCCCUGGCAGCUGCAGUGCCCAGUAUGACCCAGCUGCUUGAAGAUCCUCAGGACGGUAUCCGGCGCAAUGCCGCUUUGGCUCUGGGCAAUCUGGGACCUGAAGGAUUGGGAGCAGAGCUAUUACAGUGCCAAGUACCCCAGCGGCUCCUAGAAAUGGCAUGUGGAGAUCCUCAGCCAACUGUCAAGGAGGCCGCCCUCAUUGCCCUUCGGAGCCUCCGACAAGAGCCCUGUAUUCAUCAGGUGCUGGUGUCCCUGGGUGCCAGUGAGAAGUUAGCCUUGCUUUCUUUGGGGAAUCAGUUACUGCCGAACAGCAGCGCCAGGCCUGCCUCUGCCAGACAUUGCCGGAAGCUCAUCCACCUCCUGAGGCCAACUCACAGCACAUGACCCCAGAUCCCUGGGGUCACUAUCCUUGUUCUGCCAAAUCUUCCUUCUUCUCCUACCCAAGGUACUAACUCAGCCGAGAGCUGAAGAGACUGAAAGAGAAUGAUAAGCUGCCAACGAGCAAAAAACUAGAAGAGAUUUUCAUAUUAAAGCUCCUUCCUUUCCCUAGAUUCACGAUGAUUUGAUUCAGUAAGCUUCAUCAUUGUUGGUGCCAGAGAAAAUUCUGUCCUUUCUACAUGCAGGGGUCUUUCUACCACAAUGUGCCUUUAACCCCAGGACCAUGCCACCUACCCAGGCCUUAGGAAGACAUCUUCCUUUCUGAAUCUCCUGUGAUCUGCCUAGAUCUUCCUUUCUGAAUCCUGUGGUCUGCCUAGAUCUUCCUUUCUGAAUCCCCUGUGAUCUGCCUAGAUCUUCCUUUCUGAAUCCUGUGGUCUGCCUAGAUCUUCCUUUCUGAAUCCCCUGUGAUCUGCUAUUUUUGCCUCCUUUACACCAGUCUCCAUCUCAGGUCUCGCCUGUGGAGAUGUCAUCACCCUAUUAUUAGGGGAGGGAGUAUGUGUGUGUAUAAAUUAUAUAUAUAUAUUCUACUUGUAAACACUUAUUGGAAAAUGUGCCUCACCCUACUUGAAGCUUCCAAGGUAAGGAGAGGGAGGCUCUCAUCUAACAGUAUGUGUAUUAGGAAGCUUAACUGAGACAAGCUUCCAGGGCCCUGAUUUCUCCAUCCAGUAAAUCCUCUUAAUAUGGCUCAGUGGUGAGUGUUUUGCUGCUUAUGUAUGAGGUUCUGGGUUCAGUCCCCAGCAGAAAGGGGAGGGGGAAGAAAGGUGCCUUGAUGUCCUUCCUUGAUUAAGUUUGUAAGAAAUGAAAGAUAAGUGUGCUUAUCUAUAUUUUAUAAGGAGUUUUCUUACUAUCUACUGUAUUUAGUUACAUUUGAGCAAAAGUAAGAUUUCUCUAAGGCCCUCCUUAAUUUCUUGCUCUCCAUUUUAUUUUAAUUCAACACACACACAUGCACACACACACACCACACACACACACACACAUACACCACACACUCACCUUCCUGUGCACCAGAUACUGUGCCUGUCACAGUUUCCAUUCUGACAAGAAGAAUAGGAAGCUUAUUAAAAUAAGUGAACUGAAGCUGGGUGGGAUGGCAACUGUUAAAGAGGCUGAAGCAGGAAGAUGACAGUCUCAGGAAUCUAAGACCAGCCAGAACAACAUAACAAGAGCCAGUCUCACAAAGUAAGCUAAUUAGAUAAACUACGUAGAAAGGUGAUUAUAAAAAAAUGCUCUGGAAUUGGGCUGGAGAGAUGGCUCAGAGGUUAAGAGCACUGCUUGCUCUUCCAAAGGUCCUGAGUUCAAUUCCCAGUAACCACAUGGUGGCUCACAACCAUCUGUAAUGAGGUCUGGUGCCUUCUUCUGGCCUGCAGGCAUACACAGAAUAUUGUAUACAUAGUAAAUAAAUAAAUAUUUUUUUAAAAAUGCUCUGGAAUUUAAAAAGUCAAGAAAAGGGCUUAAGAAGCACCAAGCUGGUCAUGUUCCCAUACCCACCUGCCCUCAGUUCACUCACAAAAUAUCUAAUUUCCCCUUCCCACAGAGAUCUGGGUGUCUCCCCAUGAACCUUCUUUCUACCUAGCCUCUCUGGGGCUGUGGAUUAUAGCAUGGUUUUACAGCUAAUAUCGACUCAUGAGUGAGUACAUACACCAUGUUUGUCUUUCUUGAUCUGAGUUACCUCACUCAGGAUGUUUUUUUUCUAGUUCCAUCCAUUUGCCUUUAAACUUCCUUGUUUUUGGAAGUUGAGUAAUACUCCAUUGUAUAAAUGUACCACAUUUUUGUUAUCCAUUCCUCUGCUGAAGGAUAUCUAGGUUGUUUCCAAAGUUCUGGCUAUUACAAAUAAAGCUGCUAUGAAUCAG